ACAGAAGCUUAGAAUAUUUUGAUGAAUUCAUUAGUGGUUCUUUGAGUGAUCUUAUUUCCAACGGGACACUGUAUGUCAAUGUGUUUAAACGUGAAUGGUUAAAUUUGAAGAGAGAAUUUCAAGAAUUUUCAGACUUUAUUGUAAUCGGAAUUGAGCAGGACCACUCAAACGUAUCCACAGUUACCUUCAAUACCAAAAUACGAUCUGACUUUGAAAUCAGGGACCCUUCGAUUUUAAACAUUGUUUCCCUAUUGACCAAUAAGCCCAGAAACACACAGAGUGUACCAAAUAUCAGGGGACUACCAAGAGACAUUUCAAAGCUAUGUGAAUCUCGAAAUAGUGAGUUCAAAGCCUUUCAUCCAGAUGAAAGUAAGGUGGAAGAUAUAAACAAAGGCAAACCUGACAUUGUCGAAUAUCUAUGGUCAGAUCUGAAGCUGAGGGACAACAUAACGUCCUUCACGAAAAUACCAGACGGAGGAUCUUUGUAUGUGGGGAUUUCUGAAGUGAACAAAGAUAAAAAGUCAAAGCGUUUUGUUGCUACAGGAUUUCAGCUUGAAAACACUCCUGAACCUGAGCCUUGGCGGGUUGUCAAAAUCAGUGACCAUAUGUUCAAACUGAGGUUAAACAGAAUUCAAUUUGAAAGGAACAUAUUUGACAAAUUGAAUGAGUUGACUCUCCUGGGCCUAAAUGGUCAAUUCAGCAAUCCUCCAAAUGAUAUGAUAAAAGUCACCUUUCACAGGGUAGAAGGGACUUUACCAGAACUGCACGUCCUAGAAGUAUCUAUCUGCUACUUAGAUGGGAUAUUGUUUUAUGACCAUGGUCCCAGAUCCCAUGUGGUGGACACCAAACAGGAAACCCACCAAUGCAUUCGCAUGACCAAUGAGGAAUGGUUAAACAGAUUGUGCCAGAACUGCAUCGGUUGUGGGCGGCGGUGGGAUUAUUUUAGGAAGGAAAAGUAGACAUACCACGACAUGCUAUAAAGGGAGAUCUGUAAGGACAUAGUUAUCAGAAGAAUUUACAGACAUCACGAUUCAAAAGUUGUUUUUGAAAACAGAGUGACUAUCAUUAAGGUGGGUCUCUUGUAAACACGAGGCUCACAGUAGUGGGUUGUUGUGAAGUGGAACAUACAGUAUUUAGCAACAGUGUAUCUCAUGUGCACAAUUUCUUCAGAAUCAAGAGGAUCUUAAGUUUCAGCAGCUUUACAUUGGGGAUAAUCCUACAAAGUGGCUAUCAAUAGUUGAACCGUCAUCGUGUACUAUACAUCAUGUCAUCGACUGAAGGUGAUGAUUCUGACGGUUCUGGUGCCUACUUCUCUGAGGGAGAUAUACCCUGCUCACUCACAAAGAGUGAUGGCUCAGAGUCAGAUACAGAAUCUGAAAUGAUGGAUUUGGAAGGAACGGACAUGCUGCUUACCCCAUUCUAUCUUCAAGGUGACGAGCAUCGCAAUAUUACUGCUAAUGGUUUAAGUCCAUCAGCUGAGUCCAUCAUCCUGCCUGGAGAAAUGUCGCACUAUUUACAAACUCGCCACCCGGACAUACACAGCAACCUGAUGCAGCUCCAUGGAGGAAGAGGGUCCAUGGUAUACGUCCCUGCCUCCAUCACCAACUUCCAUCAGCUCAGUAUUUCUCACCCCAGGCCAAACAGCGUCUUGUUUGAUGCAUUUGUAUUUCAUCCCUCAAAGCCAAUCAUGCUGCUCACCUUCUCAACACACACCAAACCAAGAGUUUCCCGAUACAACGCCAGCGUGACUAGAGCUGCCAUGAUGUUUGUGACCUCAAACCUUCAAGACACAACCACGUUUGUCCAUGGUGUGAUCGAUACCGCUACAUGGGAAUGUAAAACUCUGUUUGCGGAAAUGAUUAGAGAAUUUGAAACAUCUGCAGAGACCUUUUCUGUUCCUAUUUCCCUACAAAUGAAUGAAAACAAAUGCAGAAGUGCUAUCAAGGUUUUGCUUAAUAUAGACUCAAGCCAAGUGAACUCAGAAGGAGAACCAGAAGAACAACACCCAUCAGCCGGGAUGUCGGUGUGUCUGGCAGAGAACAGCAACACGUUCAGCGGUGUCCUUGGACGUGGAAUUUUAACAUUUUUUGGAAAUGCUGUCAGACGACACAUAUAUAAAAGUUUAUUUCCUUACGCGAAAAAAUCAUAAUGUCACUUUUUCAAACAGCAUCCGGUUAUCAAGUGUCCUGGGGUUUAGUCCAGGAGAGAGAGAACCAUCUACUACUCGCCUUUACGCCAUUCUUUUAAAGGAACAUAAAUUUCAGAAGAUAUUACGUUUCUGGUAGACCGCCUCCGUGGUCUAGUGGUAGAACGUCCGCCCGGAGAGCGAAAGGUCGGGAGUUC